GUGUGCAAAACAGCAGCACUUACAAUACAACUUUAACACCACAGGCAUGUAGAGCUACCUGUGUAACCCCUACAAAUAUAAUUGUCACGUCUACAAAAUUAACGUUACGUUUAUAAUAUCAGUUCAGAUCAAUAACGAUGCUAAGGGGUUAAUGCGGUUUUGAAGGGGGUUGUUUUCGAUGGAGUGAAUGUCUGAUAAGCAGCUAAGGAGCGUGCUAAAUUAGUUAGCUAGCUAGUUGCCUACCUAGCUGGCUAACCAUAGCUCCCCAUUGGAAUUACAGCUGUCUUGACAGCCAGUGCCACGACGUAAAUAACGACAUUUAAAAAAAGAAAAUUGGCGUGUAGGUGUCAGCAGCAUGGACACAAAUGUGCAGAAGAGGCGUGAGAACAAGAAAUCGUUGCGUGUGAAAGUAAUCAGCCUUGGCAAUGCCGAGGUGGGCAAGAGCUGCAUAAUCAAGAGAUACUGUGAGAAGAGGUUUGUGCCCAAAUAUCUUGCCACCAUAGGGAUUGACUAUGGAGUCACCAAAGUGCAGGUGCGUGACAGAGAAAUCAAAGUAAACAUCUUUGACAUGGCAGGACACCCAUUCUUCUACGAGGUUCGUAAUGAGUUCUAUAAGGACAGCCAGGGUGUGGUGCUGGUGUAUGAUGUGGGACUGAGGGAGAGUUUUGAUGCAUUGGACAGCUGGUUGGGGGAGAUGAAACAGGAGAUGGGCUCUCAGGCUAACAUGGAAAGCAUUGUCUUCGUUGUCUGUGCCAACAAGGUGGAUCUGACCAAGCGUCGUGUGGUGGACGAGGGUGAGGGCAGGCUGUGGGCGGAGUCUAGAGGGUUCCACUACUUUGAGACAUCGGCACAGAGUGGAGAGGGUAUCAGUGAGAUGUUCCAGGCGUUUUUCUCCUCCAUCACAGACAUGUGUGAGAAUGGCGGGAAGCGACCGGUGGCGGAGGUCAGUGUCGGCUUCACCAAGGAGCAGGCUGACACCAUCCGACGCAUACGGAACAGCAAAGACUCCUGGGACAUGCUUGGGGUCAAACCCGGGGCCACACGGGAGGAGGUUAACAAGGCGUACAGGAAGCUGGCCGUGCUGCUCCAUCCAGACAAGUGUGUUGCCCCUGGCAGCGAGGAUGCCUUCAAGGCCGUGGUCAAUGCCCGCACCUCCCUGCUUAAGAACAUCAAGUAGAGCUCCACCUGCUGGGGCCUCCUGACACCUGCUGUACCCAGCGCAUGGCACACUGACCCUGACCUCCUGACCCCUCGCCACAAUGUCUCCUUUAAUGCCCCGCCCACCCACUGCUAGACUGUCCUUAUGACCUUUGCCCCAACCACCCCCCUGCCCCUGCACCACCCCAUGUUUUCCUCCACUGGCUGCCAUGACAUUUCGCUAAUAACUGAUUUUUUUUAAGUCUCUAGUUAAGAUGUGCCAAAGCAGCUCUAUCUGUGAGGAAGAUGGGCUAGCUUUCCACUGUUUUAUCUCACACAGUGGUGGGAGGGAUGGAGAGAGAGAGACACAGAGAGAGAGAGAGAGAGAGACACACACACUGAGAGAGAGAGAGAGAGAGA